AUGACAGACCUCAACCUACAAGAGAUCCACGACACGCUAAUAUCGGUGGCCCACGAGGCCGGCCGUAUGAUCUUGUCUGCGAACCCUCAAGAUAUAGAUACGGGAACCAAGUUGAAUUCUGCCGACAUAGUCACCGAAACCGACAAAGCUGUUGAGGCCCUCGUCUCGUCGCGACUCUCCAAGGCUUACCCCACCUUCGCCUUCAUCGGCGAGGAGACGUAUAAGCCAGGAAUGCAAGUAACCACAGCCCCGACUUUCAUCGUAGACCCUAUCGAUGGCACCCUCAACUUCGUACACAAUUUCCCCGAGGCCUGCAUCUCGCUAGGCUUCGCAGUCGACCGGAUUCCCACCGUCGGAAUCGUGUAUAACCCCUACCAAGAUAAGCUAUACUCCGCAAUCCGCGGACAGGGUGCGUAUUUAACGCAAGGCGCCGUCUGGGGGCUCGAGGGUGGCAAAGGGCGCAAAGCCAAGUUGCCGCUGUCCAAAAACCCCCCGCCUCUAAAGGAGUUGUAUACGUGCAUGUUAGCAACCGAAUGGGGAAAUAGCCGAGAUGGCGUUAAUUUCGAGGUCAAGACGGAAGUCUUUAAAAAGCUAUGCGCAAGCAAGGAGACAGGAGGUGCCAUGGUGCAAUCUAUAAGAAGCAUGGGCAGCGCUGCAUUAAACCUGUGCGCUGUAGCCGCGGGUCAGCUUGAUGCGUACUGGGAAGGCGGUUGCUGGGCGUGGGACGUCUGCGCCGGCUGGGCGAUACUUGCGGAAGCCGGAGGUAUCAUGGUCAGCGGCAACCCGGGAGAUUGGGAGCCCAAGAUCGAUGAGCGCAAGUACUUUGCGGUGCGCGGUGCGCCCAGCGGGCAAAAGGAGCUUGUGGAGGAGUUUUGGAACGUGGUCGGCGACAGGAGGAUGGAGUACGAGAGUUAG